AACGUUGCAAAUUACUUUUGACUCGCAAGGUUGAACCAAGAACAUAGACGGGAAGGAGAGAAAAAUCAGCUAAAUCGUUUCAGUCGUUUAUUUCGAAAGACACAUGCGAUGAAUUUUUUAUUUUUAAUAUGCUAGCUCUUUUGGCUUUUCUGGUGGUAUUUCAGACUUCAGGGUCCAUAUUUCUGGCAUUCUUAUAUGUAUAUACGUGAAGUUAUUUGAAUGGGCGGGAUUUAAAAACAAAAAGCGAUUCUCUGCUGUCCUGCUCUCGGUAGGACUAUAUCCUAUUUUAAAUUGUCGGGAAUCCAAAACAGGAAGAGAAAUAGGUGAUCUUUUAAAAAAUUAUUAUUAUGCCUUAACUUGGGAAGGAACAUCACACUUUUCGGAUGAGUUUUAAUAGGAAAGUAGUAAGUAAGAUGAACGGAGGCAGCAGUUGGCUAAAUUUAGGAAAGCUCCUGUCUUUCUCCUGAGAUGCCCUUAGCCUCACCACUGCUUUCCCUCCCCCAUCCCUAAUUACCGAAGUUCCCCCAUUUAACUCUGCCCAAGACAAAACCCUAUUGUUAAUCAGUCCUGGCUCUUCUUUUAUAUCUGGUUUCACAUCACCUCUUUUGCUUACAAGAUAUUAAGCAUUUAAGUUAUUAUAGGUCUUACAGCUCAAAACAUUUGCAUACUCAUUAGAGCAGUUGCUGAAAUAGGUUAUGAGAAUUUAAGAACAGAUCAAAACGAAAGAAAGUAUGGCAGUUCGUUGGAAAUUAUUGUUCUGGCUCGCUUCGCUUUACCUUUUUAAAAACUCUUUCCAAUUUCAUGAUGUGCAUCCACUGCAUUUGUGUGUGUGUGUGUGUGUGUGUGUGUGUGGCACCAUAGGAUACAUUUUUGUUUUAUAUCAUACUGCAAGCAUUCAAUCAAAUCUGGAGGAAAUCACUUGAAAGUAAAACAACCCUAAGGAGAAUGGAAGAUGACAUCUUUUGCGAUCUUUUCAUAGAUGUUUUAAUUUCUCUGCUUUAGGGAAGAAUAAGGCUUUCUGUCUUAGAACAUGUUCCGUGAGCUACAGAUAAAUACGACCUAUUUCGAAAGAGUGAACUAUGGCAUCACGAAGGUGGAAGGCCAGCCCCUCCACACGGAGCUGAACAGGGCCCUGGACAACUGCAACAGCCUCCGCAUGUCGCCCGGGAAAGGGAUGCCAGAAAAGGGAGACCUGGAUGAACUUGGGGAUAAAUGUGACAGCAACGUGUCCAGCAGUAAGAAGCGGAGACACCGAACCACCUUCACCAGCCUUCAGCUGGAGGAACUGGAGAAGGUUUUUCAGAAAACCCACUACCCGGAUGUCUAUGUCAGAGAACAGCUUGCUCUGAGGACAGAGCUCACGGAGGCCAGGGUCCAGGUUUGGUUUCAAAAUCGAAGGGCCAAGUGGAGAAAAAGAGAACGCUAUGGCCAAAUACAACAAGCUAAAAGCCAUUUUGCUGCCACCUAUGACAUAUCGGUUUUGCCGAGGACUGACAGCUAUCCACAGAUUCAGAACAAUUUGUGGGCAGGAAAUGCGAGUGGUGGUUCUGUGGUUACUUCAUGCAUGUUACCACGUGACACUUCCUCCUGUAUGACACCUUAUUCUCACUCGCCUCGGACAGAUUCCAGUUACACAGGGUUUUCAAACCACCAGAACCAGUUCAGCCACGUGCCCCUCAACAAUUUUUUCACUGACUCUCUUCUUACUGGGGCUACCAAUGGACACGCAUUUGAAACAAAGCCAGAAUUUGAAAGGAGGUCUUCCAGUAUCGCAGUUCUUCGAAUGAAAGCCAAGGAGCAUACUGCCAAUAUUUCAUGGGCCAUGUAACAUACAGUACUCUUUUAUUUUUCUUUCAAUGGCAAAGUAAAACAUUCUAUUUCUCAUAUUUAAAGGAUACCACAAUAAGCUGCUGUGUGUGGAAUUGCUAAAGGUCAAGAUAUACAGUGAGACCAGCUUUAAAUGAAUAGUUGUUAUUAUUUAACAUUAAAAUCUAAGAAUGAACCUCUGAAAAGACUAAAUAGAUUUACCAUCCAUCCGUCUCCACAAACUCUGUUUUAGUAGUAAAUUUUUUUCUAUUGUACGAGUCGAUGAAAUACGAUCAUGCAACUUCUUAAAAGAAUAAAUGUAUUAAACAA